CAGGAAAAGUCUCUUCUAUCUGCUUAUUUUAAGUUCACUUCGAAAGGAAGUCAUUUCUCUGCAUGACUGACUCACAUGAGGCGCCAUGGCUGCUGGCAAAAACUGCAUUCCAACACGCUCGAAAGUCGUUUCUCGAAAUGGAAAUAUCUUUCAAAGCGCCGAACAGUAAGAAUUUACUUCCCUUUUCCUUAGCUGAGGAAUUGCAUUCUGAAAAUCCGAGUGAAAGUUUUUUUUUGCAUAUUUAGUUAACAAAACUAAAUUGUACAUUGUCCUGCGUCAGUUACUAUCACACUUGCAAAACCGUGAACUCCUAAAAUUUGUCUGGAAUGUUUCCCCGAUUAUGGCUCCUGGCUCUAACCAAUCACAAGCGAGAUCGAGGCGGGUUAACCAACUUUAAGACGUUUACAUGGCACAAUGCGACCCCGGCUGACAGGGUAACCCUGGGCAACCGAUCUAGGCGGGUUGCCCCACCUAUCAUGUAAACAUGAUCAAAUUGAAAUGACAGAGGCGGGUUACCCCAACGAGGCGGGUUACUUUACCUUCCCGGAGUCCCCUUCCUCUGUGUAAACAGGCCUUUCAAAGACGCUGGAAUUUGGAACAAACGUAAACUGAGCUUAAUUAAUUUAAAUUAAACCGUGAUUACAUUUUUCCUGCUCAGCAUAGUUACUCAACAUGGACGAAGUGGAGAUAAACGGUCUGCGAGUUCGCAGUGAAGUAGGUUUCAGUCCUCACGAGCUGGGAAAACUCCAAGAAAUUAGCAUUACCAUUCGUCUGCGGUCAUCCAUCAAGAAAGCCGGCGAGACCGAUCGUGUAGAAGACACCAUCAACAACAAGACCAUCUCAAAAGAAGUUCUCUUCCACGUCGAGAACAAGAAAUACAACAUCAUUGAAGCAGUAGCAACCGAUGUAGCGCGUAUCUGCGUGGUGCGUCACGGCGCGUCGUCCGUAAAAGUCACCGUCGCAAAACCUAACGCGUUACGCUUUUGCGAGAGCUCGUCUGUGACCAUUGAACGGCGCUGGGAAGACUUUGAUUGGAAUGAAGUUCACAUAUCGAUGGGAUCCAACAUUGAACCUGGCAAGAAUUUGCCACUGGCCAUUAGUUUGUUACAAGAGAAAACAGAGCUGGUGAAGUUGUCACAAGCUUUUAGGACCACGCCCGUGGGGUUCAGAGAGCAGGUGGAUUUUCUCAAUAUGUCCGUUGUCGUGAGGACUAAACUUGAUCCAGCUGGAUUAAAGCAAGUUUUAAGUCAAGUGGAACACAAACUUGGUCGAGUUCGAGACCAAGACAAUAAGAACGCUCCCAGGACAAUUGAUCUGGACAUUUCGUUUUGGGGUAACAUGACGUGUGAAUACAAACUGAGCGACGGCUGUGCUGUAAAAUCGUGGUCGAUUCCUGAUCCAGACACGCACAAGCAUGCUCACGUGAUCAUACCUCUAGCUGACGUCACACCGGAGUUCAUUCAUCCAUCCGUGAAAAAGCCAUUGAAAGUGAUCGCAAGGGAAGUGAGUGGUAAAGACGACUUCCGCUCUUUCUUUCCUGUCAAUCAACUGUAUUUAGCCAAUGGAGUUCACGCAUUGACGAGUAAAGAAACUUCCGCCAAGAAGCCGUUCACUCACCUGGUACAUUUAAAUGGGUUUUCUGAAGACGCUGCAUGUCCUGUUGCCCUGGUGACAGGCGCGGCGAAGCGACUUGGGGCGUGUAUUGCCAAACGAUUACAUGAAAUAGGAUACAACAUUCUGGUACACUGCAACAAAUCAAUAACUGAAGCCAGAGAUCUAGUACAGCAGAUGAACAGUGUACGUUCAAAUUCAGCCCGACAAAUCCAAGGUGAUUUCCGACAACACACUCAGAAAACCUCGGAGAAGGUUAUUGAAGAGGCGUUAAAGGCCUGGGGGCGACUGGACCUGUUAGUAAACAACGCGUCUGAAUUCCAUCCGACCGAAGUUGGAAAAAUAACCCACGAGGAGUGGAAUGGACUCAUGGAAACAAACUUAUGCGCUCCAUUCUUCUUAUCACAGGCUGCCUUUCCUAGCCUGAAAGCUUCAGGUGGAUGUAUCAUUAAUCUGCUGGAUAUUCACGCUGACAGACCGCUGGAACAUCACUCAGUAUAUUGCAUCUCAAAGGCGGGUUUGCGCAUGUGCACCAUGGUGCUCGCUAAAGAGUUCGCCCCCUUUGUCAGAGUCAACGGCGUGAGCCCUGGGGCUGUUUUGUGGCCUGAGAAGACGCACGGGGUAACCUUGGAAACCAAAAAGGCAGAAAUUAUCAAAAAGAUUCCCUUGAAUCGCAGGGGUGAGCCUAGCGACAUUGCUGAUAUAGUGGAAUUUCUUGCUCGCUCGGCUAGUUAUGUCACGGGGCAGGUAAUAUGUGUUGACGGUGGCAGAUCCUUGAAUCAAUGAUAUAAAAUGAACAGCAAAUUUUGC